AUGUCAGUUAUUCGGUGCACUCUCGUUGAUCAGCUAGUUACAACAAAGAAUCUGAGACUACCCAAGCUAACCGUGGAUCGUGAUCACGACCGUCAACACAGAAUCAACGACUGGGAAAAUCUGCUCAGCAGCCCAGUUGAUGAUCAUCAGCAUUCUUCUUUAAGAUCAUCAUCGCUGAGUAAGAGAUGGAAGGAGUACCAAGGGAUAAGGAACUGGGAUGGGCUGCUGGACCCGCUGGAUGAGAAUCUACGACGCGAAAUCCUCCGCUACGGCAAGUUUGUGGACGCUGCAUACAAGUCGUUCGACUUCGACCCUUCUUCCUCUUCCUACGCCACCUGCAAAUUCCCCAAGAGCUCUCUACUCGACCGCUCUGGACUCCCCGACACCGGUUACCGCCUCACCCGCAACCUCCGCGCCACCUCCGGAAUCCAACUCCCCCGCUGGGUCGACCGCGCUCCCUCUUGGGUCGCCACCCAGUCCAGCUGGAUCGGUUACGUCGCCGUCUGCCAAGACAAGGAAGAAAUCGCCCGACUCGGCCGCCGCGACGCCGUCAUUUCCUUCCGCGGCACCGCCACCCCGCUCGAGUGGCUCGAGAAUCUCCGCGCCACUCUCACCGACGUCAGCCCCGUCAACGACGGCUCCAUGGUCGAGAGCGGCUUCCUCAGCCUCUACACCUCCGGCGCCGAGUCUCUCCAGCAAAUGGUCCGCGCAGAAAUCGCCAGGCUCCUCCAAUCCUACGGAGACGAGCCGCUCAGCCUGACCAUCACCGGUCACAGCCUCGGGGCAGCGCUGGCGACGCUCGCGGCUUAUGACAUCAAGACCCACUUCAAGAGGACCCCACUCGUAACUGUCAUCUCCUUCGGCGGGCCUCGCGUUGGGAACCGCAACUUCAGGUCCCAACUGGAGAAGCAAGGCACCAAAAUCCUCCGCAUAGUCAACUCAGACGACUUGAUCACAAAAGUACCCGGGUUCGUGCUCGACGAAAAUGACGGCGGAGAUAGCCACGUGGAGUCCAACAAAGACGUCCGCGUGGCAAGCCUACCGAGCUGGAUACAGAAGAGGGUGGAAGACACCCCUUGGGUUUACGCCGAGGUGGGAAAGGAACUGAGGCUCAGCAGCAGAGACUCUCCGUAUCUCCUAGGCAGCGGAUUCAACGUUGCCACGUGUCAUGAGCUGGGGACGUAUCUCCACUUGGUGGAGAACUUCGUCAGCUCCACGUGUCCAUUCAGAGCCACGGCGAGGAAGAUGUUAGGCAAGCGUAAUACCCGAGAGACCACCAGAUUAGUUCAAUAA